CGUGAAGCUCGCUCCCAUUACUAGGGGAUAUGGACAUAGGGGCGCACGCGGAGAAGGUAGAUGGGGCACCUGAACUACGGGUUCUUGCCAAGGCUUAUAACCUGUAUCUAAAACCCAUUGCCAGGGUUAACCUAACUGUUCAGUUGCCCACCCUUCAUGAUACUAGUGGCCAGAUAAGGUCGUUUACCACUUGGGAAGUUAUUGAAAAGCUCCGGCAGCUUUGUCCUGGCAUUUUAUCCCCACCCACAAAUAUCCGUGUUUUACGCACUACGCGUGAGUUUGUUCGUUUAAUUGCAGAGCUUGAGUGCAAGGCGGACGUAAAGCGCGUAGUGACAAGUUUGGAUAGUCAGUACAUUAAGUUAAGUGGAUUUCCACAGAACCUUCAUGUUCGUGCAAGCGAAGCUUCGCCGGAUUGUCCUCGGCGACAUGAUUGGGAAUCAUUUUUUCGCGAUGCGGAGGACAUGGAUGAGACAAAACCAGGAGAGCGUCCUGAUACUCUACUUAUCAGCGGACUCCCAGUUCGUUGGUUUGCUCAGUCUUCCGUACUAGAUGUUAACAAAGAAAUCCCAUUACCAGACCAGAAACUGGACCGACCAAAUCCCUCCGUUGUCAAGGCGGUUUUUGAAAACUUUGGUGCGGUACGAGUGGUGGACAUUCCAAUGCUUGAUCCUGUUCAGAAUCCCAGCUGUGUUGACGAGUAUUUAGAUGAAUUGGGCGGUCUUCCCAGCACACACGCACGCUCGACGGAGUCAAUUAAAAAUGACUCACCAGAAGAGACGGUUGGGGGAUUCGGAAAAAUUGGACCGGAUACGAUUUCAGUGGUGACCAAUGACGUUCGCGUGCUAUCGCGCAUUCCAGAUAGCAUUAUAAAUGCUACAUUGGGAUCAGUAUCACCAGAUGAGCAAUCUAAAAGUUCUUCAACCCUUUCUCCUCUUACCUUCGAGGCUUAUAUACAAUAUUCCGACUACACUGGUUUUACCAAGGCCAUGGAAGGGCUCCGUGGGCAGAAAUUGGUCUACGCACCCGAGCAUGCGACAGCUCCUGCCUCUCUCAACGACGUUGCAAAAACUAAGCUUUACUUCACAGCGGAACUGAAGCUUGAUUUCGACCGAAACAAACACCUCUCUAAAGCUGCCAUUUAUGAGCGGCAGACUGAACGAAAACGCUUGAUCCAGAUCGCGCAUCGCAGGCGCGAGGAAGCUAAGGUAGCCGCCGAAGCCGAAGCAGAGCGGAGACGUCUUAUAGAAGAGUCAAAGCGCAAAGCUGAAGAGCGUCGUCGCGCCGAAGCACUGGCUCUUGAAGCCGAGCAGGCCGCGAAGCGCGCUGCAAAGGCUGAACGGAAGAAACAGCGUGCUACUGAGCGUUGUAAACAAGAGAAGGACUCGCUGUUGAAACAGAAAAUUAUGCUAGACGAGCGACGCCGACUUUUAGCAAUGCGAAAAGUCGAAGCGAUCCGUCUAGUCACAUUCCUGUUUAAGAGGAUUCAGGCCCGCCACGAUGCGAUUGUGGCCAACAGGCGCGCUGCGCGUCUGGUUGCGGCAGAGAAGGCGGCAGCUGAAGCAGAGGUGAUCGCUGCUAGAGUGUCUGUUCCCAAAGUUUCCUCUUCGCGGAGACUUGACACCGAAUUACGUUCUCCUGUGUCCCCAGCAAGUACACAUGAAAGCAGUACCAGUCCAACUCGUAAUUUGCCCAGCCCUUCGACAAACGCUGCUGUCUCCAUGUCGAUCGACCCUUCAGAGGUGUUGCUUCAACAACUACUUCGACGGCGUGAGGAGCAGUUGCGCAUGAGACUUUUGAAAAAGCGCGAUCAGGCCAGUCGUUCAUCUCCUCGAAAAUCCGUUCCCGUGGAGCUCAGUGACGUUCGUCGCGGACCAUCAAACAGUCCCAGAUACUCAAAUCAUUCUUUAGUCGUAUCUUCCUCGGGUAGAAGCCCGCUGUCACGACAUUCCCGAUAAUGGCUUCACGUAAAUUGUACAGUUAACUAUAUCCGAAAUAUAACUAUGUUGAUCACCA